CUCAUUUUUCUCCUCUUAUUCUUCAUUCUCUCUCUACUUAAGGGUUCUUGCAAUUUGAUUCCAUCCUUCUUCGCCUGUAUCGCAUUCUCUGUGUCUGUUUUCGAAUCCGCAAAUGGAUUCUUCGUUGAUUGAUUGAGGGAAUAUUUCAACACUUGAUAUUUGUCAGAUAUUGCAUAUUUCUGUGAAGAUUAGAACUGAUCAAGGCCAUAGAAAUGAAAAUAAGUUUCGGCUUGUGAUUUGGUUGUGCAUUGGAACAAUUCAUCAGUUUACAUCCGAGGAGAAUUUUAAGUUUGAUUUUUUUGGUGAUUCUGUGCUCCUGCAACGUUUGACCAUGUCCUGCUGUGGAGGCACAGAAGAGGAGAGCUAUGGUCCACCACCUAACCAGUAUACAGCUCCACCUAACCGCCCAACUCCUGGCCACGAUAGGGAACCAAGAGGCCCCAAUGCUGCCAGGAGUGGAGCUCCACAAGAGAUCCUUCCUAUUGAGAUACCUGCCAUAUCCUUGGCAGAGCUGAAGAAAUUAACCAGUGAUUUUGGACAAAAAGCUCUCAUUGGUGAAGGAUCUUAUGGAAAGGUUUUCCAUGCCAUUUUAAGCACAGGAGAAUCUGCUGCAAUAAAGAAAAUAGAUCCCAAUGCAUCUCAAGAGAGCGAUUCAGAAUUUGCUGCUCAGUUAGCAAUGGUUUCCAGAUUGAAGCAUGAAUGCUUUGUCCAGUUAUUGGGUUACUGUUUGGAGGCAAAUAAUAGAAUACUGGUCUACCAGUUUGCUACAAAAGGAUCCUUACAUGAUGUACUGCAUGGUAGGAAAGGGGUGCAAGAUGCUGUACCUGGCCCUGUACUUAGCUGGAUUCAGCGAGUGAAAAUCGCCUAUGGAGCAGCUAGAGGUCUGGAGUACCUACAUGAAAAAGUCCAGCCUUCUAUAGUCCAUCGUGAUGUCAGAUCCAGCAAUGUUCUUCUCUUCAAUGGCUUUGAAUCCAAAUUGGCGGACUUCACAUUAACAAACCAGUCUCCUGAUACUGCUGCUCGUUUGCAUUCAACUCGUGUUUUAGGGACUUUUGGCUACCAUGCUCCAGAGUAUGCAAUGACAGGGCAGCUGACACAGAAGAGUGAUGUUUAUAGCUUUGGUGUUGUUCUCUUAGAGCUCUUGACAGGAAGAAAGCCAGUAGACCAUACUAUGCCUAAAGGACAGCAGAGUCUUGUAACCUGGGCAACUCCGAGGCUAAGUGAAGACAAAGUUAAACAGUGCGUGGAUCUUAAGCUGAACAAUGAUUAUCCUCCAAAGGCUGUUGCCAAGUUGGCAGCAGUUGCAGCGCUGUGUGUUCAGUAUGAAGCUGAUUUCAGGCCUAACAUGACAAUAGUUGUUAAAGCUCUUCAGCCUCUUCUCCAUACAAAAGCUGGUCCAGAAAGCCAUGCCUGACCUCAAACUAUUCUUCUUCUCUUUGGGUUGCCAUUCAUUUUGUUCGAUUAGGCUUGAAGCCUCUUCCUGUGUCGAAUCAUAUUUUUUGGUUGAAACCCAUUUGUUGGUUUUUUUAGUAAAUUAUUGUAUUAUGUAGAAUUGAUGAACUGGACAAAAUGUCAUGAGUUAUUAACUUAUUUUCUUGGAAACUAUGCACAGAUGAAGAUCUGUA